CGUGAUCAGGCCGUGGGUGAAUUACAUGACCAUUCUACUUGGUGAUGUGUACAGAAAUCUGGACUUCCUCGUUUGCAUUGUUUGACUGAGCACAGUUGUGUAGGGAACAAUGAGCUACGUUUACGGACACCUGCCGCCACACCUGCAAUAAAAGUGUACGUACACAAACCAUUGCGUCGCCGGGUGCUGGCUGCUGGGUGGGUCCGUGCGGCGGCGGGGUGCUGCCGGGAGAACAGUGUACGUUGCGUGGCCGUGGGUGGUUGUUGGUCGUCGGGGCAGAGCUUUGGACCCCAGCCGUGUGCGCCGCCUCACCGCCGCCGCUUUGUCGUCACUGCUGAAGUGGCACAAACCAAGACCCUUUUCUUCUGGGUCGCAAGUCAAGUCAAUUGGGUGUCGGAGGGCGGCGCCUGGACCAGCAACGCCAUGAACCUGCCUUCGAAGUACUAUCUAUUCUUCCUCCUGCAGCUGUGGCCGCUCCUGCUGCUCUACGUCAUGACCGCAACGACCAGAAUGCCAUGGACCAGUAUCGGCUCUCCCAAUGUGAAAGACGCAGUAAUUCCGCGGGAGGAACUGGAGGAGGUGCGGCGCCAAGUUGCCUUGGGAUUAAGAGAGACUCGGGACUAUGUUAUUUUCCACCUGGAGAGACUCGUGGACAGACACCCCAGUGAGAGUCUCUCCCGAAUGCUGGCCGAGACCGACGAUCGUUUCAGGGUGACGCAGCUGGACCUGGGCAGCCUAGAGCGUAUCGCGGGCCUGGCGGCGUGGAGGCAGAGCGAGGCAGUGGCUCUUGCUGAGGAGGCGCAGCGACGCCUUGAAAUACUGCAGAACCCGCCAAACUGUAAGGCUGCCAAGAAGCUGGUGUGCACGCUGUACAGGGAUGCUGGCCUCGGCUCUUUGGUGCAGCAGCUCGUCAACUGUUUCAUGGCAGCCUACGAGACGGGACGGACCUUCGUGCUGGCAUCCCGGGGCUGGCGCUACUCCCCGAAGGGUUGGCAGGAAGUCUUCCAGCCGCUCAGCAGAACCUGCGUCGAAACUUCAUCAGAGCUAAUCGGUUUUCCAGGCAGGAAUGGCACUCAAGACGUUCUGUUUCCGGAUCUGGGCGCGCCGCACAUCCCUCACCAGCCCUUGGCGGUGCCUUCUGACAUAGCCAGCCGCCUCGCCAAGUUUCACGAGAAUCCCAGCGUGUGGUGGGUCGGCCAGUUCAUUGCGUACUUGUUCCGUCCGCAACCCAAAUUGAAACGAAUGUACGAGCGUGUCAUCAAGGAACUGAAUUUCACUAAUCCAAUCGUUGGCAUACAUGUUCGGCGGACGGACAAGAAUUUAGAGGCCAGCUAUUACUCCCUGGAGAAGUACAUGAAGCACGCCGAAAACUACUACUUGGACCUCGAAGUGGCGUCUCCCCUGGCGCCGCCCCUGCCGCGGAGAGUGUUUCUGGCCACGGAGGUGCCUGCCCUCGUCGAGGAGGCCAGAAGGAAGUUCCCGAACUACGAAUUUUUGUGGCACAAAAAUACUGCCGAGAAAAAGUUUGAUCGUUUCAACGUCCAGGGCCUGAUGGACAUCAUGACGGACAUGUACCUACUCGCUCAUUCGGACUUUGUCGUCUGCACAUUUUCUUCGAACGUCUGUCGGCUGGUCUACGAGUGGAUGCACGUCUUCCGCCCUGACGCUUCUUUCAGGGUGAAAUCCCUCGACACAAGCUUUUACGUUAUGUUUGGAAGGAGAAGCUACGUCAGUGUCCGCUUCCCGCACCACCCAGACACGCUUGGAGAGGCGGAGGGCUACACUCACGGCGAGGUGGGUCAGAAGCUGAUCGCAGGCUCUCACCGCCAAGACGGCAUCAGACACGUGUUUGUUCUUGACAGUAAUAAACACUACAUCAAGAAGAAUCUUCCCGACUACAAGGUGAAGGACAUCCUGGACGUAGUGAACGUUACUUUUCCAGAGGACAUUCUUCGUCGCCCCUAAUACCGUCCUUUAACUGGUGCCAAAAUAAUAAUAAACUUUGCAUCGAGAAUUUCUUGAUACUCUCCUCAAGAGAGUUUAGUCGUUGGCGGGAGUGAAUACGAAGGAAGAAAGGCUGUUCCAGAGCUUACCAAAGAAAUCAAUGAAAAAAAACCCUGAAGAUUAUGAUUAACUCUUAUCUUAAGUUCAUCGUCACAGAAAUAAGCUUGGAUAGUAGUUACUGUGAAGUGGACCCCGAGAAAACUUGUGUUAAAAAAUGUUACCCACGUUUUAUUAGAUUAUUUAACCUUACUAACGUUUCUACACAAAGUCCAAGCAACAUUCGGGUCAAUUUCCUUAUUUAUGAGUAAACAAUGUGUAAUGGAAUACAAAUCUUAUAUCCUGAUAAAAGUUUGCCACUUCUAGCAAUAACAGGAUACGAAAAGAACUAUUGGCAUUCAUGGAUCAUAAGCUUACUUUUACAAGCAUGCGAAUAGUUCGGGGAGGCGGUAGCUGAGUGGUCAGCGUACAGGCGCAGCGUCCAGGAGGACGCAGGUUAGCGUCCCGCCCGCUGCUUCAAAGAAGAUGGCAAUUUUUCAGUCAUCGCCGAGUGGGCUAAGAGUAUUUUCAUUCUGUCAUGAAGACCGCCUAUCAACCCGAACUCUAGAUUUUCUCUAAAAAGAUGAUCACAGAUGAGCUCCGGUGGCGGGGGGGGGGGGGGGCGGGGGGGGGGUGCAAUGAGCCAAGCAAGAUGGCACGGCUGUAUACACUUGUCUGCGCCAUAACGGGCUGGGUCCUACCACCAAGAAAGUUUGCAGGCACAAAAGGUGAAACGUAAAAUAAAAAGUUACCAUAAUAAUAUGUUCAUGCAAUCAUAUUUUUUUCGUUUUGCAUGUAUAUAUACAUUUCAUAUCCUGGUUUUACUUUUAUUUAAUGUAUUUAUUUAUUUAUAUAUUAUGUCUAUCUUAUAUAUUUUUUUAUACAUGUCUACUGAUCAAUGAAUGAAAAGGCGACCAAAUGUGCAGGAGUUUUUACCUUGUGAUGUUCUCAGAUAUCAUCUACUUCUCUACUUCAAUUGUUAAUCCUUUGUGUAUAGCCAGUAUACGUAUAUUUGUAUACGAGUUAACCAUUGUACACACGUAUGUCAUCAUUCCGUAUAGUUUAUCUUAAUCCCUUCCUACAACUUGACAAGCUGUAGUAUUUCGCGCCGAUCAUCUUUCGUAUGGAGCAAGCUGUUAUUUGUGAUGAUGAAAAAAAAACUAUGUUUAAGAAAAAAGUGUGUGUGUGUGUGUGUGUGUGUGUGUGUGUGUGUGUGUGUGUGUGUGUGUGUGUGUGUG